GGCCGUAGUCCUUGUUGAGCUCUGCUAACGAGUGAUGAGCUGAACAGCUGAAAGUAUGCGCAAUUUUAAAGUUCAAAAGCUCUAUAUACACGUCUGCCCUUCGCUCCUAUUCAUUCCUUCACUUCUUGCGUAUAGUUGCUGUGUUGUGUUCGCAAAUGCGCAUUCUUUCUACCCACAAUCACUCUCUUUUUGUCGUUCGCUAAUACAGUCAUUCUUUACUCCGUCCUCUCUCCCUGGAUCUCGCUCGUGAUGGGACAAAGUGUUUCUGGACUUUUCGUCCCCUGCAAUGAUGGCACUUAUGCCCUCUCAUAUACUUGCAAUGCAGGUUCCAGCUGCACUGCCCUGAAUGGAUUCUUAGGCGCUACAUGCACCAUUAGCAACGGGAUCUACACUUGUUCGAAUGGCAUUACUUGUGGUACCCAGCAAGGAACGUCCUUCGACCUAACGACCUUCUUGACGAAUAUCGUUUCAAUUUCAGCCACCCAGUACUUUAACUACUGUGACGGCCUGCAGAUUACCACCGACGGUAGCAGUGGCGGCACAAAUAUACUGGUCGCGGAUCCGCAGCAAUGUUGCAGCACUCCGGCCCUGUGCUCAGGAUCGAGUUCCUCCUCUUCGUCAAUCUUUUCAUCUACCUCGUCCGGUCUAUCGAGCUCCAGUAGCUCCCUGUCCCUAGUCAUCACAACUUCAACCGCUAGUUCUUCGUCCUCGUCCAUCGGACUGUUCAGCAGCAGCAGCAGCAGCUCUGCUUCUUCAGGAUCUAGCUCGUCCAGCACUUAUGGAUCAACCACUUCGUCCUCUGUCACCUCUAUUAGCAGUGGUAGCAGCUCCUCUUCAACUUCCUCCGGCGUCAGCACGUCGAGCGGCAGUUCCUUGAGCAGUACCUUUUCAAGUGGAAGCACUUCAAGCGGUAGCAUCUCAUCGACCGCUUCCUCUGGAACAAGCUCGGCUUCAUUGAGUGUUACGAGUGGGACCUCCUCGGUCUCGUCCGGAAUGAGUUCCACAUCCUCAAAUCCAUCCAGUGGAGCCUCUUCGUCAAGUUCGCUAUCAGGUUCACCUGUCAGUUCUGGUUCUUUAUCUCUGUCCACAGCCUCAUAUACUUCUGGCACAAGCAGCGGUGCAUCCUCUGGCACUGUUUCAGGCUCUGCAACUUCCAGCGGCUCGCUGUCUGCUUCUGCAUCUGGAACAAGCAGCGUAUCGUCAAGCGCAGCGUCCGGUUCAUCAGUUUCAAGCGUCUCGCCGUCUGUUUCUGCAUCUGGGACAAGUAGCAUAUCGUCAAGCGCAGCGUCCGGCUCAUCAGUUUCAAGCGGCUCAUUGUCUGUGUCUGCAGUUGGGACGAGCAGCUCAAGUUCUGGUUCAGUAUCAGCACUGCCUGUCGUCACAUCGUCCUCAGCUUUGUCUUCUUCGUUCAGCUCAUUUGGUAGAUUCUCUAACAGCUCGAUACCUGCCAGUGUUCCAUCAUCUGGCUCUACGAUUCCGUCUGGGUCGGCUGGACCUGGUCUGUCAUCCAGCAUUGUGGGUAGCUCCGUUCACCCAAGUGGCAGUGCACAACCUGCAUCAUCCCAACAAGCAGGUGGUAGUGCUCAGUCCACUUCGUCGGGACAGCCAAGUUCCGGGGCCCGCCCAAGUUCUCCAGUCAUUGCACAGUCUUCUUCAAGUGCUGGUGGCCGUGUUCCUUCGCGUACGUCAAACAAAGCGUCAGGACCAAAGCCAACCUACGUUAGUUAUGAUCAGUAUCACCCAUGGGGCCCUGGCCCUUCAGUAAACAAGCCAUCAUGGGCAGUAGGAACUCAACCCGUCACUGCCUGGCCAGACACUACUUACAUCCAGAUGGCGGGCGGCAAGAAAACACCUCUGUGCAAGUGCGCUACCAUCUCGGGCGCUUACGGCGAGUGCGGUACUACUGCAAAGGCAGCAACUGCGACACCAGUGUUCUAUUGGCCUGCUGCCACUGACUGUCCAGUCAACACCUUCAACCCAUUCGCCAUGACGAAUGCAGCCUGGUCCAAAGGGUGGACAACAUCGCAGUCCAGCCAGAGUAGCUCCAAGUUGAAGUCUUCUAAGGUGGUGGUGCCCAUAAAGCCAUCCUCAGCUGCGUGGAAUGGCGAAGCGUUUUCCUCAGAACACCCAGGAUAUUACGGUGGUGCAAACUCCAAGCCUGUUGCAACGUCGAGUUCAAGUGGAUCAUGGGCGUCACCAGUUUCUCAGAGCGGAACGGCAUACAGUGGUCCAUUAUCAAACAGCGCAUCUCGUACCUCGGCCUCGUCCCUUUGGGUUUUCCUCGUUAUGUUCGGUCUGUUCUUGCAGAGCUGUUCCGCUUCGAAGGUCCAGCAAUCUCCGCGUACCGCUGGUAUUGCACGGCGGCAACCAACGGAAGCCGGUUGGCAAGAAUUUGCGACGCAGUUUGCCAGUGAUUUUGACUUAAUCACCUCGGCAUCAGGCGAUGCACCCGUUGAUGGUGACCAGCUCGUGAGUAUGAUCGAGAAUGCUAUUGCCGAGUCCGUGACAUCUAUUCUUGAGAAUAAUGAUCUCGGAUCUACGCUUACGGAUGAUAUGCUUGCCAAGAUCACAGAAGCAUGCGUUCAGGUUGUGUAUUCAGUGCCACCAUCGAAUGAUGAUGGUACCGAAUUCGCAAUGAUCAUGGGGGGCUUGCUGCUCUGCAACUACAUCGUCCAUGACAACUUCCCUCCCGGUACAUCCAUCGCCCAAGCUGCGGCAGCGAAUGCUGUGAUGAAUAGUUUCACUAAACCAUGCACAAACGACUUCUUGAAUGAUCCAGACAACUGCGGUGCAUGUGGACUGACAUGUGUUUCCGGGACCUGCGUCAACGGCGUGUGCACCACGCCUGGCUCUACUUGCACUGGAGCAAGCUGCUCCAACGGCACUAUACCAACUUGCGGUACUUAUUCCGGUGGUACCUGCAGCUGUGGAGCCGAUAGCGACGGAGUUGGGUUCUGCUCACCAGCGGGAACGUUGUGCCCAUUACUCUCUGUUUGUAACACCCACGACGAUUGCAGCGCCGGAUACGCAUGCUUGGAGCACACGUGCUGCGCAGGCGGCACCAAAAUAUGUAUGGAUGGCACGUCGUGUUACAACGACAAUACAGUCACUACUGAACGCCGGAUUCGUUUGGCAUGAUGAACGUUUCAGUAUCCCGACGUAAUUUAAUUUAACAGGAAUGAAUUAGGCGGACCUAGAACUGUACAUUUUCUAUUCGACUCUGUAACAAAGAUUUUCCAGAGGCUAUUCUUUUCUCUUUCGGGACACUAAUAAUACAACUAAUAGACCCGCAAUUCACGAACUUUCGAUUCUAGCGUUCGCGUUCUUUUUGUUCUUAUCUUUCUUGCCACCUUUGUCUUGUUGAAUAGGCCCU